AACGCGAGCCCCGACCGAUAUGGUACAAAAAGCGCAUACGUCCAAUAUUCAAACGAGGUGUCAUUAGCUCUGACCACUGCACAUCAUAUACUGUCUAAACACAAUUGGAGAUGAUGAAGAAUACAGACAGACGAGAAGACCCAAACAGUCGGCUUUCUUCCAGCGAAGAAGCCAGCUGCAGCCCAGUUCAAGAGGAGGACAGUGAAAGACGCCUCGAGCUGGCGGAUGACGUCGAUGCCGGUCGUGCUAAGGAAGCGGAGGCCAUCAGGAAAGCGACGCAGAGCCCGCCUAUUACCAUAAGGAGCACUGAUAGAACACCGUGCAAAGCCCGCAAUUCAGAACAUGACUUAGACGAGCUGGAUGAAAGCGUGCUGGCUGAAAUGCUGCUCAAAGCAAGCCCCAAGUUCGCGGAGCCGUUUGUGAUGAGCCAGAUCACUCGCAACGUGAGCAUCGGGAGAGCAGCACGGCGGGAGAUGGAUGUGGCUUCGUCUUUUUGCAGCGUUUCCACUACAGCCGCCGCUGCUGCUGGCUCCGAUGACGGCAACAGCAGCUGCGGCGGGGCCGCCGGCGGCGUCAGCGGCGGCGGCUGCCUUCCCAACGGCAACAGCCACAGCGGGCUGCCCAGCGGCCUCAGCCUGCAGUCCGGGAUGCUGAUGGCCUCGGUGUCCUCCAUCGGCACCUUUGACGCGGAGAUAGCUCGGCAGCGGGCUGCGUUGGCGGCCAUGGAGGAUGACGUGGAUGAGGAGACCCGUGUGAACCGGGAGCUAGCGGGGCGCAUCAUAGAGCGGCUGGAGAACAGCUGCAAGAUCCUGGAGGGUCUGGCGUCGCUGCUGUCCGCGCUGGGGCAGGCGGAGUGCGCCUACGCCGCCGCCAUGGCGACCGCCUCGCGCGUGCGGCUGGUGGGUCUGGAGGCGGACGACGGGGAGCUGCGGGCGGUGGGGGAGGCGCUCAUGCGGCUGCCCUCCGUGGUCAACCAGGCGCACAGUCCUCUUCAGUCCACGUUGUCGGGUCUCUCCAAGGAGGUCUCCGCGCUGCUGGCGCGCUACCGAGCCGCAGCCAAGGAGGUCUCAUCAGAGGCCGCCACGGCGCAGCGUAACAUCGACGCGACACGCAGCCAGCUGGCGGCAGCGCUGGGGGAGCACGUCAGCGCGUGCCGGGGCUUCGAGGCGGUGCUAGCGGAGCGGCAGCGGAGGCAGCCGACUCGGGCGCCCGAGGGUGACCCAUGGGCCACUGAGGGGCGGUUGGUUCAGGAGCAGCAGGCGCUGCAGCGGUGGCAGGACCGGGAGCGGGCGCUGCUGAAGACGGGGUUCGAGAGGGUGACGGAGCUGGAGCAGCAGCGGUUGGAGCUGUCGACGCAGGCGAUGACGGUUGCGGUGGACAGCUACCGGGCUGCGCUGCUGCCCCUGCAGCACGACCUGGAAGCCAUGUCGUCGGCGUUGCGCGCUAUUGAGCCCGACAGCAAGCUGAGCAACCUGCGGAAUUUAGCAGCCAAAGCCACUCGCACCGCAGAGGGGCUGGCAGCUCGCCAGGCGGAAUGCCUGCACAGCGUUUGCCACGAGUGGUUUUGCUCGCCGGAGAUCGUACGGCAGGGAGACCUUCAGAUCUGGGAGCAGACGGGGGAGCGCUGGCGCAAGUGCCACUUCGUGUUGACGAGGGCAGGCUACCUGCACUGGUUCUCUCGCGCCGAGGACGUGCGGCCGCUGGAUGGGCUGGCACUGGGGCGCUGCACCUUCGAAGCGGGCAAGGCGCCCCGGUUUAACAUCCUGGAGACGUGCAAGGGCUCCGGGUGGCUCAGCGGCAUACGCGGGCGGCGAGUCACAUUCCAGGCUGCUAGCGUUGAGGAGUGUUGCGAGUGGGCGAUCGCCAUCCGUGAGGCCAUCUCCGUAGCGGCCGGCAAGCAGCUCGCGUUCGAGGAGGACGGCGCAGCUAGCUAGCCAGGGUAAGGCUGCGUGGGUAUUGGAGUCCGCGCAUGCAAGGGGCACCCUGUAUGUAUACGAGGAUGGUGAUGUACGCAACGGGGCAAACGAGGCGCCAUUUUGUCCUUCAUCCUUUGUUCGUUUUUGUAGUCGGUGCUUGUGUUCUUUGUCAUUACGAUGUUACUGGUAAAAUAAGUGCAGAGCUGAUGAUUGCCCCCGAGCAGUGAACUCAGUGACCUAGCUUUACAGACUUGGUUGAUACGCGCUAGGACAGCGUCGCUAGUACCAGCGAAAGAGGUGUGCCAGGGCAAUGGAGCGUUAGGACUGCCCCUGUAGGUGCUAGCCUUGCCUUACGACAACAGACCUCACACGGACAGGAACAGAAGACAAGAACUCAGAACGCAUUGAGGUCGGAUAAAUCAUGGAGCUACACUGUUAGCCCGGCUGCAAUGCCGCUCUAGGAGCCGUUUUGGGAGCUUAGGAACCAUUCAUUCGGAUGUGUGUCUAGCCGCAAGAGCUGGACUAGGACUCAUGUGGCCUCGUAGCUUGAUGGUGGAGGGAUCUGAUGAGAAGUGGGGGGCCUAGCACGCGGUGUACAAUUAUUUGGAUUCUCUUGUACAGAUGGGUAGGUGGGCGUGAAAGUGGUGGUUUGCAUUUAUUCUGUGCGGAAGGACGCAUGUUCUAAGCUGGGGGGUCUGCCUUGCUAUGCAAGGUUCUCGCAUGAUUGAACAGAUCUGCUUCUUGGAAUGUACCAAGUUACGCUUACA